AAAUAUGCUGGCUUUUUGUGCCGAGGUCUUUCGCAAAUCGCAGCUCCACGCGGGCCAAAAGACGGAUAUAGCUAUGCGCUGCAAGAAUUAAUCAUUUUGCUGCAGCUGCACACCAUUCGUAGUUUUUUGCGUCGCCGCCGAGAGGGCACACACAUUUUGGGCUUUUGGGCUGACCCUGCCUGCACAGCGUAGGCACAGCGUAGCAAGAUGCUUCGCCGCCUCAGCCGUGCCAUGAGCGGCAAGAAGGACGACAGCAAGAAGCCAGCGAAAGCUCCCGCGCCGGCGCCCGCGCCGGCCGCGGCGCCCGCGCCCGCGCCGGCCGCACCCGCGCCGGCGCCCGCGCCCGCGGCGGCGCGCGUCUGGCGGUCGGCCAAGGACCCGAAGACGGGCCGCACCUACUACUACGACGUAUUGACAAGAGAGACGCGCUGGACGAAGCCCCGCGAGCUCCAGGGCGAGGCCGAGCGCCGCCGGCUCGACGACGAAAAAAAGGAACGACGCAAGUUCUUCGACGAGAUGGAGCGCAACAUCCGCGCGAACAUCGCGGCCGGUUUGAGCUCCGCCGACGUGAGCACGGAGCACACGAGCGGCCCCGGCUGGCGGCCGCCCGUGUCGCGGCCGUCGACGUCGUCGACGCUCGACGAGGGCCGCGUGCGCACGCUGUCGACGGUCGACGACUCCUUCCUGUACGAGGACGCGACGACGUCCCGCCGAUCGUCGUCGCGUUCUACGAACCGAAGGCGGUCGCUGUCGCCGCAGACGGCCGCGUGGCGCCAAGCACUGCCGCUACCUAUCAACAAAAAACCGCCGCGGCCGCUUCGAAGUGUCUCUUUUGCGGAUGAGAAGGCCGACCUCCGAGCGUUUGCAAGAGCGGCAGCUUUGGAUAGAGCCGACGCUCUAGCGGGCAAGAAACCCGGCAACGAGAGGCAUCGGAACUCGACGGGGACCAUGUUCGUCGGCGCGACGCUCGACAAGCCGGACAAGGAGGCUACCAUCGCCUGCGUCUGCCAUGUUUUGAGGGCCCAUCUGGCGGCAGCGGAAGCCCAGCCGCCCUCUGCGAGAGAGUCACGCAGCAAAGACGGCGAGUUCAAGGUUUUUUAUGAGGACAGCUACAAGCGGACACCGUCCUCCACCCAGCUCGAGGCCUUCUACAAAGAUGUCUUCAGUAGGGGCCAGAUGGAGAUCGAGUGUAUAGUUACCUCAUUGAUCUACGUCGAACGGCUCCUGAAGGCGGCGCGGGGCAAGAUUCGGUUGCGAGCCGGCAACUGGCGGCCCGUCUUGUUAUCAUGCAUGAUCAUGGCGUCGAAGGUUUGUGAUGAUCUAUCGAUGUGGAACGCCGACUUUGGCCAUAUUUGUGCGGAGUUCACGCUGCCGCGCAUUAACGCGCUCGAGGCGGCUCUCUUAAAAGCCUACGGCUUCAACGCCACGGUCGCCGCGAGCGAGUACGCCAAAUACUAUUUUCACCUGCGGAGCAUGGCGUCGCGGCUCCAGAUCGAGAGCGAGGUGCGGCCCCUGGACGUCAAGGCCGCGGCGAAGCUGAGCGAGCGGUCGUCGCUGUUGUCUUCGUCUAAAGAGGCGGCGCCCUCGAAGGAGCUCGCGCGGCUGAAGGUGCGGCGCGCGCAGUCGCUGGGUGGGGCGACGCACGACGUCGCGCCGCUCCGGUCGGCGACGCUCGAGGAGGUCGUCUCGAUGAACCCCUGACGCUACUCCUAAUUAUUGCUGUC